AUGGAGCACAGGUCCCAGACAGUGGUUCAUCGCAUUGACAGUGUGAGUUCAGGAGAGCAGCGGUACAUUCAGGAGAGGAAGCUGAAGGCGGCUCAGGCUCUGACUGCACUGGGAUUCCCCUGCUCACAGCAGGAGGUCCCUCACGUGGCUCUGCUGGCCUCUGGGGGAGGACAGAGAGCAGCAGUGGCUCUGGUCGGAUCUCUGCAUCAGCUGCAGAAGGACUCACUGUUGGACACACUACUGUACCUGGGAGGAGUGUCUGGAUCUACAUGGUCCAUGGCGUCCCUGUACAGCGACCCGGACUGGAGCCAGUCCCUGGGGGCCCACAUGGCGUCCCUGGUCUCGGCUCAGAACGUGGGACUGGACCAGACUCUGUCCUGGGUCCAGGACAUGGCUCAGAGAGAGGACUUCUCCCUCACGGACGUGUGGGGAGCUCUGACCUCUGCUGGUAUCAUGAAGCAGUGGGACACCAGGAAACUGUCAGGUGAGGCUCAGAGAAACGCCUCUAACCCGUAUCCUGUUUACGGAGCCAUCGAGAAGAGGUGCUUCAACCAGGGGCCCAUCCAAGGGAGCUGGUUCGAGCUGAGCCCUCAUGAGGUGGGCUUCCCGGAGCUGGGAGUGUUCGUGGAGACCUGGGCUCUGGGAAGUAAGUUCCAGAACGGAACCAUGAGAGAGGAGCUGCCGGAGCUGGACAUGAUCCAAGUGCAGGGUAUUCUGGGCUCUGCUAUCGCUAACCAGAAGAUGGAGGAGAACGUCCCACCCUGGCUCAAUGUCCCUGAGCUCCUGGACGCCGCGGCUCAGGACUAUCUUCCAAGCUACAACACCAUCAGGACCUUCAUCACUGUGAGCCGCUCUCACCUCACCAGCGAGACCGCGAGGAGCCACCUGGACCAGCUGGAGGCUGCGCUCCAAGAGAGAGUGAACCAGGACCAGUCCUCCCUCCUCCGCACCCUGUCCCCACAGCAGCGACAGCAGCACUUCCUCAGAUGGAGCUCUGAGCUGGGAACAGUCAUCCAGGAGUGGUCCCAGGGUCUGCCACAGGGGGGCGCCAACACUCACCUGUCUCUGUUGGUGAAUAAGGUCCUCCCCCUCGUCCUGCGCUGGGAGUGGGGGACACUCAACAACUUCCUGUAUCAGUACAACGAAGUAUCCAUCCCCGCCUGUCUGUCCUCUCAGCAGCACCUGCACCUCGUGGAUGGGGGUCUCCUGGUCAAUGUGGGGUACCCCUCGUUCUUGGGACCGCGACGAGACAUUGACCUCAUCAUCGCCCCAGAGUACAGCGCAGGGGACAUGUUUGAGACCCUGACCCUGGCUCGGGACUAUGCAGCCUCGGUACAGAGGCCGUUCCCGCCUCUGGACGAGCAGCUAAUGCAGAAGGAGAAGCUGUGGCCCCGAGACUGCUACGUGUUCGAGGGAAACGGGACCGCCCCCACCGUGGUCUUCAUGCCUCUGUUCAACCAACGCAACUGCAAAGACCCAGAGGAGUGGUCCCAGAAGAUGGAGGAGUUUUCCACGUUUCAGAAAAGCUUCAACUCCGACAUGAUCCUGAAGCUGCUGCAGACGGCACAGGAGAACAUCAGGAACAACAAGGAGACCCUGCUGAAGGAGGUGCACAAGGCUCUGCAGAGGAGGAGGAGCAGGGGAGGAGCAGGACAGGGCUCUGCAGGGCAGGAGGAGCAGGGGAGGGGUGGGGACUGA